CAGUGGUCAUGCGGCUGAAAUAGCACUUUUCCUCCUCAUCUUCAUCGACAUCGUCUUUAUCGCCAUCGCCAUCGCCAUCGCCACCAUCGCACGUAUAAAUCGCCGUCAAGAUCAUAAGCGGGAUCGCUCUUACUUACCAGUAACCGGACAAUAAAAAUACCCCUUCUCCCGUGCGGCGCAAAGCAGCCCCAAUCAGAAAAGCAGCGCCGCCGCCGGAAUGCAACUCUAGACGCUAUGGUGCUCUCCAACAUCUUAAACCCGGGCGAACGCUCGACUGGCAAGCAAAAAACAAUCUCCGACUUCAUCUACGAAGAGUCCCAAUUACCCUGCAUCCCACCCGACCGCCCCGACCUCCAUGACCUCAACAACAGCAUACAGGCCCUAAUGGCCGUCUUCCCCGACGUCAGCAUCGAGGUAUUUCGCGAGAUGCUCAUCCACUUUAGCGGGGAGUCCCGUCUGGAACUUGUCUCCGAUGCCCUUCUCAAGGCCAAAAUCGAAUGGACAAAGGGCAGGUGGCGCCCGCUCGCUACCCAGGGUAAACCAGCGCCAGUCUUUACCCGCGCCGACGGCUUCCGUAGCGAUGAGUACAAGGAGGCGGCCCGUACUGUCGCUAGCGACGAGUUCAAGGGCUUUUCAAAGGGUGCAAUUGAUGCUGUCCUGGCCGAGCAUAACUACUCAUAUCUCGAUGCAAGAGCAACACUGGAAGCCGCAGCCAACAAAUCAUGGCGAUAUACCCUGUCCGGUCUCUUCUAUCGACGCAAGCGCCUCAUUGCAGAUGACCCGUGUAGCCAUCCACUGAUUGUGUGGAAGACAAAGCCAGACCGAACCCCUUAUGCUACCAUUAAAGCCUCCGGCAGUGCUGAGCUGGACAGAGAGCUCUUCAACACCAUCAUUAAACCGAUCAACGACCGUGAGAAGCUGCAGCAGGAAGACCGCGACUGUAAGCUUGCCAUUGCCGUCAACGAGCGAGAAGCAAGAGACACAUUCUGUAUCUAUGAGUGCGAGUGCUGCUACGGCGACAUGACUUUUGAAGAACUCUGUCACUGCACUGAAGGCAAGCAUAUGAUCUGUAACGACUGCGUCCAGGCGUCUGUCAAAGAAGCAGUCUUUGGUCAGGGCUGGGCGCGAGUGAUUGACCCUGCCCGAGGCACGUUGCGGUGCAUGGCUGCUGAUGGCAGCGACUGCCCAGGUGUUGUUCCGCCUGACCAGCUGUACAAGGCUAUGCUGAGGGACAGCGCAGGCGCUGGCAUCAUGCUCAAACUCGACCAACGACUGGCGCAGAACAACCUACUGGAAUCCCAACUGCCUCUACAUCGAUGCCCGUUUUGUGACUACGCGGAAACGGAAGAAAUCCAGCUCGGCAUGUACGAAAACAAGCUCUUACUCAAGGAAGACUGGAUAUACUGUACUAUAAUUCUGUGGAUCGGAAUCUUCACUAUUGGACUUACGAUUUCUGGCUCUAUCCUUUCAAUUUCUCUCGGUUCCCUCGCUUAUUUUGGCUGCACAUGGGAUCAGUGGCUCGAAGCUUGGCAAGAAGCUACUCUUGCGCACUCGAGGCGAAGGCGUGGACUCAAGUUUAACUGCAAAGACCCCAGCUGCCUGAAGCCAUCUUGUUUGUCUUGCAACGGCUUUUGGAACGAGUUCCACAUUUGCAAUGAAUCGUCGCUUGUCGCUCUACGCACUCAGAUCGAACAGGCGAUGAGCAUGGCCAUUAAACGGGUGUGCCCACGAUGCAACACUUCCUUUGUCAAGAACAGUGGCUGCAAUAAGCUCGCCUGCCCCUGCGGCUACAAGAUGUGCUAUAUAUGCCGCGCAGAUCUGACAGACGAGGGCUAUCGCCACUUUUGCGACCACUUCCGGCCGCAGGGCGAUGGCACCAAGUGUACACAAUGUCCCAAAUGCAACCUAUGGGAGAAGGAAAAUACAGAACUUGUUCUAUCCCAAGCCAAGGCAGAGGCCGAGAAGAGCUGGAAAAACAAGGAGAAAAAGGACAUCACGGACAAGGAAAAGACAUACUUGCGCACUGGUGCAGUCGGCGCCAGGGAGAGACUCACUGUGGGCCGCUUGCUUGCUACACAGGGCAUCUUUAUCUCAAGGCAACAGUUUGUCGACAUCUUGGUCGGCUCCAUGUUUCAAUAAACAGGGGACUCCGAACUCUCUUUGACUGCUCUUGCGAUAUUGUAAGGCGUUUGUACAUAUAGAGCGUGGCGCGUAUGGGGACGAGGUUUAAUGAAAGAAACGUAAGAAACAGUAUA